AGGUACCAACAAGAAGAAAGGAAAUACAACCGCUCCUACAAAUUUCCCUCAACAAUACAAAUCGCACAGCAUUAUCAGUUAUCCAGAUAUCAUGUCAACGAUAACAGUGCCAGUGCCAACACCAUCCCCAACCGAGGACUCUGAACAGCUCAGAAAAGCAGUCGAAGGGUGGGGCACAAAUGAGGACUUAAUUAUACAAAUAUUAGGUCAUAGAACUGCAGCACAACGAAAUCUAAUAAGACAAACAUAUUUUCAAUUGUAUGGAGAGGACCUCCUGAAACGAUUAGAAUCAGAGCUUUCAAGUGACUUUGAGAGAGCUGUGUUCCUUUGGACUCUUGAUCCAGCUGAUCGUGAUGCUGUCUUAGCCCAUGAGGCAAUAAGGAGGUGGAACCCAAAGAAUAAAUCACUCCUAGAAAUUUCCUGUGCUCGAACUUCAGCUGAGCUGUUGAUGGUAAGACAAGCUUAUCAUAUACGAUACAAGAAGUCUCUCGAAGAAGACAUUGCUGCACAUACAACAGGAGACUUUCGAAAGCUCUUGGUAGCACUUGUAAGUUCAUAUCGAUAUGAAGGUCCAGAAGUGGAUAUGCAUCUAGCAAGAGCUGAAGCAAAGCAGCUACAUGAAGCUAUAACAGAAAAGGCAGUCAAUCAUGAAGAAGUAAUUCGAAUCAUAAGUACAAGGAGCAAACCCCAUCUGAAUGCUACAUUCAAUCACUAUAGAGAUGAAUAUGGUCAUCAUAUCAACAAGGCCUUGAAAAGUGAAAGUCCUGAUGACUUCCAGGAUGCAUUGCGAAUUGUUAUCAGAUGCAUUUGUUGUCCUGAAAUGCACUUCACGAAGGUUCUGCGUUUGUCAAUGGAAAAAAUUGGGACAGAUGAAUUUGCACUUACAAGAGUGGUCGUAACACGUGCUGAGAUUGACAUGAAGCACAUCAAAGAAAACUACUUCAAACGAACGAGCAAGAAACUGGAACACGCAAUAGCAGCUGAUACCUCUGGAGACUACCAAGAUUUACUGCUUACAUUGAUAGGCAAAGAUGAUGCUUGAGCAUUUUCGUUUCCAUAGGAGAUUCAAAAACUACGUAUAUGAUUGAUAUAAAUAACUUAACAACAUUGGAUGCUUAGAUUUACUGAACCUACAGACAAUUUUAUGUUGGUUAUAUUUGUUAUAUUGAGAUCUCAACCUGAUGCUUAGAUUAUAAUUACGUAUGAUAAAUAUAUCUUUGCGUGGAA